AUGCUCGCCGAGAUCCACCACGCACUGAGAAGAUGCCCGGGUCCGGGGGGUGGUUCGAAGAUGCAGGCAAUCUGCAGUCAAGAGACCACAGCCCAGUCUGAUGAAUUUGUGUACGGCUCCUCGAGCUCGGAGAUCGCCACGCGCCCAGUGACCAAAGGCAAGGCUGCCACUCAGCACCGUGGCUCCGACAAGCUGCGCGACGCCAACCAUACGAAAAGAAGUGAGCAGCCCAGCCCAGAGGAUGUUGGAGCAAUUCUCCUGAAUCCCGCGAGUGGUCGUGGUCGAUUCAGCUCUGGCAGUUCAAUCAAGACCGCACCAGACAUGCCAGGUCUCGGAGGCAAAGCGGUUUGGAAGAAGCCGAGGGUCAAGAGCAAGACAUGCAAAGCCUCCAGCGUUGGCUGCUCUCCUUUGAGUCCAGGCCUUGUCACGCCCAGCAAGCAGGAGAAGCUCCAGGAGAAGCGCAGCGACAACCCGGGAAAAGAUCCGAUCGACGAAGCGCAGUCUGAGAUCCAACAAAGCAUCAUGGGAAUGAAGGUCACGGACAAGGCAGGCAGGCCCACGUCGCAGAAGGAUUCGGGACGUUUGCGUAUUCGCCUAACACCGCAACACUUCAGUCGCUUGGGAACGACCUUCCGUCAUGUGCAAGUGCACUUCAUGAUGAUGAGAUUUACUAUCCAAGCUGUUGACUGCGAAGGCUAUGCAUGGACAGCUUCAUCGAGUUUGUUGCCGGGGCUCCUGGCAGUGGAUCGUUGCAAGUACAAGAUCGACCCUGCCGGCAAGUACGUCCUCAUUACCCUCUGGCCCGAGUACGAGCAUUUGCCUUUGAAGGGCCUGGAUCGUCUGGAGCUGCGGCUGCCGCCCUAUGAGUCUCAGAAGCAAGUCGGUGACAGCAAGGAGAAUUUCAUCUAG